AUGAUGAAUGGCUCUGAGCUGAGCAGCACCACAGCUUCCAGUCCCAACUCCAAGGAGGAUCAGGGGGUGAAUGGGCACGAUGAGAAGGAGAACAAUCCCUUUGCUGAGUACAUGUGGAUGGAGAACGAGGAGGACUUCAACAGGCAGGUGGAGGAGGAGCUGCAGGAACAGGAAUUCCUCGACCGCUGCUUCCAGGAGAUGCUGGAGGAGGAGGACCAGGAUUGGUUCAUUCCCUCCCGUGACCUGCCCCAGGGGAUGGGACAGCUCCAGCAGCAGCUCCAUGGGCUCUCGGUGGGAGACACCCACAGCUCUGAGGACAUCCUGAGCAAAAGCAACUUGAAUCCUGAUGCCAAGGAAUUUGUGCCUGGAGUGAAGUACUGA